UUUGGUCUAUUCAUAACCAGCGUUUUUUGUGUACUUCAGUCACGUGCUCUGUUGGCUGUUUGGAUAAUUGUAGGUCAUAUGACUAUAAUACACUUGCCUCAGCACUAUUUCCGUGUUCUUCACGUUCAGCAGCAGUCCGAGCAACUUAAAUCAUGCUUCUUUGCUGUCUGUGUAAAUCAAGGGAGUCUGUUCUGAAUAAGCAACACAUUUGGUUGUUUUUUUUCAUAGCUGUCAACACCGUUUCAGUGAAUGGAAUAUGGCCAAUGCCUCAGAAGAUAAGCAGUUCCAUUGAGCGAUACUGUGUCAAACCACAGUCUUUCGAAUUUCAAUACACGAAUCUUUCGGUAGUAAAACCAGGAUGUUCAGUUCUAGACGCAGCUUUCAAGAGAUACUUCAAGCUCAUCUUUCCCGACCUCCUCAAAGAUCCAGGUGAAAGACAGAGCGGCUAUGACAGGCCCUUGGUGAAACCAUUUACAUUACAGGUGGGAGUGUCCGAGGGCGACUGCGAUGGCUAUCCCAGCGAGAGUUCCAGAGAGAGCUACAGGCUGAGUGUGGCAUCUGGACAGGCGGUUCUGAGGGCAGAGACCGUGUGGGGAGCUCUGAGAGGUUUGGAGUCUUUCAGUCAGCUAGUGUACCAAGAUGGUUACGGAGCUCAUUACAUCAACAAAACCGAAAUUGAGGACUUUCCCAGGUUUGCGUUUCGGGGGCUUUUAUUGGAUACCUCUCGACACUACUUACCUGUGAAUGUCAUCUUGGAAACUCUGGAUGCCAUGUCAUACACUAAGCUCAACGUGUUUCACUGGCACAUUGUGGACGACCCGUCUUUCCCGUACCAAAGCAAGUUCUUCCCUGAUCUGAGCAACAAGGGGGCGUUCCACCCGAUGACCCACGUGUAUACCCAGACCGAUGUGAGGAGGGUGAUCGAGCACGCCAGGCUACGGGGGAUCCGCGUGGUGCCGGAGUUUGACUCCCCGGGGCACACCCAGUCCUGGGGUAAAGGGCAGCCUGACCUCUUGACCCCUUGUUACCGUGGCCCUGUACCCUCUGGAACUUUUGGGCCUGUGAACCCCACUCUGCGCUCCAGUUACACGUUCAUGGCCAAGCUAUUCAAGGAAGUGACAUCAGUCUUUCCUGACUCCUUCCUGCAUCUGGGGGGGGAUGAAGUCGACUUCACCUGCUGGAAGUCAAACCCAGAUGUGAGGUCCUUCAUGAAGCAGAAGGGUUUUGGCACAGACUUCUACAAACUGGAGGCGCUCUACGUGGAGAAUAUAGUGAACAUCACCAGCGCACUCAACAGGACCUCCAUUGUGUGGCAGGACGUGUUUGACUACCACGAGAAAAUCCCUAAGGACGCGGUUGUGGAGAUCUGGAAGGGGCUUCCCCCAGCUUACGCCCAGGAGCUGAGCAGCAUCACCAAGGCAGGGCACAGAGCCCUGCUGUCCGCCCCCUGGUACAUCAACCACAUCCGCUACGGCCAGGACUGGCGAGACUCCUACAUGGUGAAGCCGCUGAACUUCUCCGGCACGGAGGAGCAGAAGAAGCUGGUGAUUGGUGGAGAGGUGUGCAUGUGGGGGGAGUAUGUAGACGCCACCAACCUCAGUCCCCGCCUGUGGCCCCGAGCCUGUGCUGCUGCAGAGCGUCUGUGGAGCGAUGAAGAACAGACCCUCAGCACAGAUGCAGCUCUUCCUCGCCUGACGGACUUCCGCUGUCGCCUUCUGAGGCGUGGUAUUCGGGCAGAGCCUCUGGAUGUGGGCUACUGUCCGCAUGAGUUCCAGGGCGUAUGAGAGGUUGCGUGAGAAGAUGAUUUUGGUGCACUGGAUGUUUCUCCUUUAAAAGAGAUUUAAUAUAGAGUUAGCAAAUAAAAUUAUAUUUUUAUACGAGAGUCAUUCCAUGUCAAGUGGGACAAUGGCUCCCACUCGCCCGUCUCACUCCCCCCUAAAACAUCUUUUUGUGACAAAACUAUUGCGAGUAGAGAGCUAAUAUUUGGGACUAUAACUAUUAAGAAGUGUAUGAACAACCUUGAAUUUUUUCAGCCAAAUCUGAGACGAUCGAGUGGGAGCCAUUGUCACACUUGCUCACAAGCCAAAUGUGUGACAAUUUACAAUUUAACAUGAAUCAAAUAAAGCAUUUUGUGCAGUUUAA